AUGACGAGAAGAACUGCCAUAGGUCAAGCUGUUGAAGAGCUUGACAAUGAAAAGCGAGUACGGAUCCUCGGAAUUAUUGACAAGUUGCGUGAGUUGGGAGUUAGUGAGAAUGUAUCAUUGCCUCAGCUUGUUGUGGUCGGAGACCAGUCAAGUGGAAAGUCCUCCCUCCUGGAGGGACUUACAGGGGUAUCAUUCCCGGUUGCGAGUGACCUCUGCACACGUUUUGCAACGCAAAUUGUGCUUCGGCGUGCUCCGAAAGACGACGCAGGAGUGGUGAUCACUAUCAUUCCUGGGCCUUCUGCCCAGGCAGACGAGGCAGAGAAAGCACGAUUGCUAAGCUUUGAGCGAAAACUUUCUGCAGAUGGCUUUGAUAACCAAAAGUUCUUAGAUAUCUUUGAUGAGGCUGCGGAGUUUAUGGGAGUACCAGGUCCAAAGUCGAAUAAGCUGGAGGAUGUGGAAAAGAGAUUUUCGGAUGAUAUUCUGAAAAUUGAGCUGUCUGGUCCGGAGCAUCAUCAUCUCAGUGUUGUUGACGUUCCAGGUCUCUUCCACAGUGAGGCCGUUAUGGAUGCGAGAAACAACCUGGCGAACCAAGAAGUCUUUUCGAUGGCACGUGCUGCAGAUCCUGCUGGGCUGCGAACUGUUGGAAUUAUAACAAAAUGUGACGCACUGCAGGCGGGGGAAGAACAAGGCGUGCUGCGUAUUGCUAAAAAUGAGGUUGAAAAGCUAAACCACGGUUGGUUUGCUGUGAAAAAUCGAUCGGCCCAGGAAAUCAAGCAGGGAGUGACGAUUGAGGCCCGCCACCAACGUGAGAGAACUUUUUUUGCAACCACUGUCCCCUGGACAGAGCUUAAAAAAGAUCGCGUCGGUAUCUAUGCUUUGAAAAGAUUUCUCGGAGGUCUUCUAUAUGAUCAUAUCCGAAGUGAGUUUCCAGGAGUCAUUAGGGAUAUCGAGGAGCUUUCAGCUAGUACCCAGAGCGAAUUGGAAAUGCUUGGACCAUCACGCCAAACAACAGCAGACCAGCGUCGAUUUCUGACACAUAUUGCUACUGCCUACCAACUUGAGCUGGGAAAUGCUUUGAGCGGCAAUUAUGAUCCCGAUCUUGAUACAACGAGUCCCAUGAAGCUGCGCAUGCAUAUCCGACAAUUGAAUGACGAAUUUGCAACGUCUAUGUCGCGCUCUGGGCAUGCUAAAAUGUUCAGAACCACCCAAGGAGAGGUGGAUCAUGAGUACUACAAUAAAUCAGGUGAUCAGCAAAACAUUUAUGACUGGAUCCGAGAGCUUUAUCGAGAUUCACGUGGGGCCGAAUUGCCAGGAACUGUAAACCCUGUUGUUCUCGAGAACAUGUUCCGUCAGCAAUCCCGGCCGUGGAAAAGUAUCGCCGCAUCUUAUAUAGACAAGGUUAUACGCGCUGUUGAUGAUUACAACCGGUCGAUGUUCACAAAACUGAUGCCUGAUGAUACUGUGAAGGAAGCCUUGAAAGGUCGCCUAAUGCGAGGAACAGAUGAUUCAUCUUCUCGAGCACAUAACCAACUAUUGCAAAUCCUCAGUGAUGAGAGAGAUGGCAUUCUGCAAACCGUUAAUCAUUACUAUGCGGAUAAUUUGGUUGCUAACCGGCGGGAGCGAGUUCUUCACAGACUGAAUGGCUUGGGAGUUGAGAAUGGAAGUGUCUUCGACAUGGACACCGUCCUGAAGGGUGUUCACAUUAGCAACGAAGAUCAGGCAGUUAACGAUAUUCAUGACGUUUUGAAGGCAUAUUACAAAGUGGCCAUGAAACGCUUCACUGACAAUGUUGUCAUUCAAGUGACUGAACGGUUAGUUUUAGGAAUUGAGGGCCCGGUGAGGACAUUCUCACCAGACUUCGUCAGUGAGCUUCAGGAAAAUGACCUAAUGGAUAUUGCGGGUGAAAACUUUGCUACUUCUAGUUUGAGGAACGAAUUGGCUAACAAAUGCGAGAAAUUCAAAUUGGCACUAGAACUUGCCAAGAAGUGUGGUAUGUAG